CGUACCCUGAACGUAUAAAAUGUAUAAUAAGGCAUAUUUUUAAAAUGUGACCCAUAUUAUAUAUGAACGUAUGAAAAAAUGUAUUAUACACGUAUCUGAAUAGGCUAAAAAAGAUCCUAGUAACCAGAUGGGUUAAUAAUAAAAGAGUAAAAUAGGCUAAAAAAGAUCCUAGUAACCAGAUGGGUUAAUAAUAAAAGAGUACUGCAAAUCUUCAAUAAUAAUCGAUCGCUUAAGAAGCCUGGAACCGCUUCUAACCGUUUUGCCUUCCUUUCAAACUUUCCCGCUUACUUUACUGCAACUCCAGAUCUUCGUUCCCAAAUAGAUAUUUUUUUUAAUCUCAACUGGUGUAUCUCUACCAUGGCCACCGAAAAUCUAUUUCCCGGCAUCAUCCUCAUCUCAAUCUUCACAGCAUCUCUCUUCAUCCGUACCCUUUCAACCCCAGAAGUAUCCACUCUGCCCACCUUCGCAUUUGCUUGGUUGAAUGAAGACGACACUUUUGUGGCGGGGGAAGUGGCGACUAUAAAGGUUAUAGUGCUCGGGAAUUUUGAGAAGGAGAAAUAUGAAUACCCUUUGAGUCCCAACAUCACUGUCAAUGAUAAGAUGGGAAAUAGCUCUUUCGUUUCUGGGAUUUCUUUCCGAUUUGGUGCUGAUGUUAACUCCUGGGCCAUUUCUUUCAUCCCCAUCAAGGCCGGAUUGUUCAAUGUGCUCAUCACGGAUGACCAUUUCAAUGUAUUCGAUUCGUCCAUGCAUUUCCGAACCAUCCCAGGACCAUUUUAUCCGGCUGCUGGGGUCGUUUCAUGGUCCGGAAGAAGGAGAGAAUUCGUAGCUGGAACAAAAGCUAUGAUUUGGAUACUGCCUAAGGAUGCUUUUGGAAAUAAUGUCUCAUCAGCAGAUGACGAUAAGUUGAUUUCUUAUAAUUUCAACUUGUCUGCAACAUGUGCAAAUGGUUCCAUUGCAAGUUUGCUCAAUGUCACCAACAAAGAAUGGAAUAAGUUUGGGUAUCUGGGCAUUGAGUUUAUCAUCUCUACAGCUGGAAGUCUAGAGCUUCACGUAGAAGGAGAAAAUCAGACAUUGAACGGCUCCCCAUUGUCAUUCAAUGUGAUUCCUGGGGCACUGGAUGUCUCUAGCUGUGUUGCGCAGUGGAACAUUGAAACAAAUUUUUUCCAAUUGUUUUCUCUGAUGGAGGGGUUCAUUCACCAAUAUGAUAAAAAUGGAAAUCAUGUUCCAGGCUUGUAUGAAUUUGACGUUGAAGUUGUUGAGUACGGGACAAAUUUGAUAAUGCCUGUCACGGAUUUGCAGUUCACCGAAGUUGGUGUGGGAAUUCAUUUGUUUUCUUUCAGCCUAGUGGAGCCAGGGAACUUUAUGCUUGUGAUAUCUGAUAAAGAGAGGAACAUCCGCAUAUCCAACAUGCCAUAUCAGUUUACAGUCUAUAUAGGAUACUGUGAUGGACUGGGGAGCAUUGUUAAUGGGACGGGUCUCAAUCAUUCUGUUGCUGGUGAAACUGCACGGUUUUCCGUUUAUUUAAGAGAUGCUUAUGAAUACCCAUCUCUAGUUGAGUUACAAGUGCUUCAUGUGCAAAUUCUUCAUGAAGUGGAUUCCCAGCCUUUGCAGCCAAUCAUACAUCCAAAGAAGAUGGUCAAUGGCAGUGUUUCUACUGGAAACCUCAAUCCAGCUGAACUCCAUGAAACAGAAAGAGCUCUUGCUCCGACAACCGACACCAAUUUAAAUUCAUCUGAGAACAUGAGGUUCAGUGCCUUUGAUGUAAGUUACACACCUCAUAGGAGUGGAAUGUAUCGAAUUCAGGUAUUUUGUGGGAAUAUCCCUUUGAAUGGUGGUCACCCCAUUGCAAAAGAAGUAAGUCCAGGUGCUGUUAAUGCUUCUCUUUCAGGGGUUGUGAAAUUUUCUCGCCAAGUGCCAAAGCGUAUGAAGAAUGAUAUAGUCGUGCAGCUAACUGAUUCAUAUGCUAACCCAAUCCUCUCACAACAGUCCAAGUUAAAGCUAGAGAUUGCUUCAAUUAAUAAAUCAGGUUUUUCGACAUCGUUGUUUGUUGACAACAAGGAUGGUUCGUAUACUGGCACCUAUGUUGCCAAGGACACUGGUUCCUAUGAGAUAUGUGCCUCAUUUGAUGGAACCCAUUUCUUGCCGUGCCCCUUUGGUGUGACUGUGUACCCCAGUGAAUACUUUCCUAUGGUCCACAAUGAUUCAGUAAGUUUCUGGGAGGACGAAUCUAUUGCUUUUGAUGCUCUGGAAAAUGACUACUUCGCGGGUGACAAUGCGACAGUUUUUUACUUCUCAAAGCCUGGCCAUGGUUCACUUCUGCAUUAUGGGAAACUUUUCAGAUACACUCCCUACAAAGGGUUUACCGGGAAUGAUUCAUUUGCCUACACGAUAUCUGAUAUAAAUGGAAACCUUGCUUCUGGAAGUGUUAACAUAUCAGUCCUCAGCAUUCCCCCUCAGUUUGUUUCUUAUCCUUCUCAGCUCCUAGCAACGGAAGAUGUAAUUAGUCCCAGAUAUGGUGGAUUUGCUGGGCUUGAGAUCAUAUAUUCAGAUGUAAAUGAGAAUAUCAGCAUAUGCCUGAGUGCAAGAUUUGGGACGAUCCUUCUUUCUCCGAUGCAAAUGCAAUUUUGGCAGCCAUCUCAGACACUAUCUUCCAUGAGCAAAGAUGAUGGGAAGACUAAAUCACUAACUUUAUCAGGCAGUUUGGAAGCAAUCAAUUUUGCGAUUCAAUCCAUUCAGUAUUUCGGGAACGGAAACUUCUCUGGCAGCGACGUGAUUACAGUGUCUUCCCGGAACCGGAAUGGGAAGAAUGAUUUAGACAUUCCGAUAUAUGUGGAGCCGAUCAACGAUCCUCCAUUCAUAAAUGUCCCUUCAUAUGUUUUCUUGGACCAAAGGGUUGACGAAGAACUCAUCUUCGAUUCACAUACAGAGAACUUUGAUGCCUUUGUGGGAGAUCCAGAUCUACUAAACUUUCCUGGAAAUAAGUCGCGAUUUCAGGUGAUGUGCAGCAUGGAAGUGAGCUCUGGAUUACUGUCAACAAACCUUCCUGCUGAGCUGAUCAGCACAACAGAACUGAAGCUGAAGAUUAGUAGUUAUCAGUGGCAGCCUGUCCAGACAUUUGUGACCAUCUCUAAACACUUUUCAGUUAAAGCAAAAGGCAUUAGAUUCCGCGGAACACUUGACGACUGCAACAGCAUUGUGGAGCAAUUGGUUUACCAUGUAAAUGGAUUUGGAACCUGACUAGAAAGGAGAAGAACAUAGUGCAGUU